AAGCUAAUCUGGAAAGCCUCAAGGAACUUGACACUGAUAUCAUGGCUUGGGUUAGGGAAGUCAUGAAUUACCCUGAACAAGACAUGUUUAAACUCUUACCAGGCCUCCCCAAUUGUCCGUUUCUUAACUUCAUCCAAUUUACUAUGGUUGAUUUUUUUUUUUAAAUUGGAUGCGGACUAAAAAGUAUAAUGGCGACGACGAAAGGACGCCGUACUGUGAAAUAUUUGUAUCUAUUUUCAAAGCUUUUGGAAAUACGAUACAGAAACUCACGUACGCCUGGUGCGAAAAGAAAGCAAAGGACUCUGACUAUAUCUGGCUGGCCACGAAUAACUUCACCAGAGAAAAGGGGAACGUCAAGCUUCUAGAUGGCAUUGGAAGUUUAACUAUCACAGACUUAAACUACCUCAUCAUAGAAUCCUCCGGUGUUAGCUAUAACAUCACCACUGGCACAUCACACAUUCUUAAUGAUACGCUCAAGAAUAUCAAAACCGCAUUUGACAACCUCAAGGCAUUCAUUUCUCACUACAAGCAAGCAUCAUUCAAUACUUUAAAACAAGUACGUCUGUAUACUUGCCAAAUUAUUGAGAACAAGAUGACCUUGGUUCGCUAUAAAAUAAAAUCGCUAUCACAGUGGCAAGUAGUUGAGUGCUGUUCCGCUUCUGUCCCAACUACAUUUUCCGAAGCUAUCAAUUAUAAUAUUUGUUGCGUGAUGGGACAUGAUAUUACAGUCGCCAACUUCUAUAAUUCAGUCCCAAUUCUAGAUCCUAAUUCUUGUAAAGCAGGUUAUAUGUUGUGGGACACCAUUUCUAGACUUCAAGCUGUGAAAAAGGGGAAUUACAGUGAUAACAAGGAAGGUGAUGCGACCAAGUGUGUAGACAAACUAUCCUUUAGGAAUCUUGCUCCCUGGUUGGAAAACAAGAAGGCAACUAUCAAUGAGAGAUUCAGUCAAACAUCCAUGUAUUUGCAUUUAGCCAGUUCAAUUAUUGCAGUAACGUUUUCAAGACAAGUUGUCUCAGUCUCAUUUACGAACUUCGUUCACCAAUAUGGACUGAGUUCCAGAACUAAUUUGGUAGAUAUUGUUGGAAUACCUAAAUUAUGCUCAUAUGCAAGCGCAAAUUAUGUGUAUGACGGAUCCGAUGUUGAUGGUCCUCCGUCUGGCUUUGAGAUAAUUGUCAUCCCUCAUUUUCAUCCUGGUACUGACAAACAUACAACAAGAGCGGCAAAUGGAUCGAGACGUGUUAUUGACGUUGUUUGACAUUUUUUUUCGUGGUCGUUCAAUAGUUAAAGAGACCAA